AUGAAGGCCUUCUUCUUCCUUGCAUCUCUAUGCAUCCUGAUCAUAGCAGGAUCACACUGCAGGGCACUGCAACCAACCAUUGGAAUCGAGCCGAUGCAUGAUCCUAUUGAGCCUGAUGUGUUUGAAUGCGGCCGAGCUGCUGCAGUUCGAGGAGAAUGCUUCCCUUACUUGAGUGGGAUGGAGUCUAAGCCAUUGCCAUCUUGCUGCGAUGGUGUUAAAAUGAUUGUUCAAAUGCUUGCCAAACCAGAAGAUAAGCUACUUGGGUGUAGGUGCUUAAAGGAAGCCUCUUCCUACUUUCACACCAUCAAGGAAACCGCCAUCUCUGAUCUUUCCAAAGCCUGCCACCUCGACUUCACUUUGUUUUCUGGUGAUGUUUGUAAGAGCUACAAGUAG